AUGGUCGUGGUGGCAAAUGAUAUGGCCGCUGAAAUGAAACGAACUGUCACGUCGACGGCUGCUGUAGCAAAAUGUAAUUUGGGUGAGGUCGUCAGGUUAUUUUUUCUACUUAUUAAAGCACAACAACACCGACCACUAAUAUUUUGUGAUGUCUUGAGAGCCGUUCAGCAAGACACUACCGCGAUGCAAAAAAAAAAAAAAUUAAAUAAACGAAUAAUAUUCCGUACAUUGUGUGAAAAAAAACAAUCGCUUCGUGGCGUUGGUUCGUUAUUUUAA